CUCAUCAUCGCGCGUCGCGCGCGCCUACAACCCACCAAAACACGAUGGUCGCCGAAGGCGGCACCCGCAAGAGCUCCAUGCACCGCGCGUCGCGCGUCACGUCGUCGACGACGCCGCGGCGCGCGACGUCCGCGACGCCGCGGCGCGCCACGACCCAGACGUCGGGGUCGUCGUACACGCCCAUCGCCGGCGGCCGGUCGUCGACGUCCUUCAGUGCGUCGAAGACGCGCUGGAGCCUGCGCACGUCGCGCCACAACACGACGCCCAUGUCCACGGGCAAGGGCCACCGGAAGACGAGCGAGCCGCGGCCCGUGACCGACAAGGCGUACGUGAAGGCGUCGAUCGCGAAGCUCGGCGCGUUCCUGCGGGCGCGGGGCUACGGCGGCGCGUCGACGGCGGCGGCUUUGGGCCGGCCGACGGGCCGCGACUUCGAGGACAUGUCCUGCUUCCUCUUCACGCAGCUCGACGCGCGGUGGGCGCGCGACGCGAGCCGGAAGUUCGACGACGACUUCGUCGACAUGUUCAAGCGCCUCCACUACCCCUUCGGCAUCUCGCGCACGGCGCUCGCGGCCGUGGGCACGGCGCACACGUGGCCGCCGCUCCUCGCCGCGCUGCUCUGGCUCGCGGAUCUGAUCUCGUUCGACGAGGGGUCGCGCGACCGGCCCGUCGCGGCCGCGCACGCGAGCCGGCGCCUCGCGCUCUCCGAGGCCGACGAGGUCGUCGCCGGCGACGACCACGUCGCGAGCCGCCUCGCGGCGCUGGGCGCGGACCGCGUCUUCUACGAGUACAUCGGCGACGCCUACGGGCUCUUCCUCUCCGGCGACGACGCGGCGUGCGACGAGCUCCAGGCGAAGCUCGAGGCCGCGUUCCAGAGCCGCGUCGACGACGGCGAGCGCGAGGAGCAGACCUUCCUCGCGCGCGCGCGCGAGCUGGAGGCGAUGCGCGCGCGGACGCGCGACGAGGCGCGGGGCCUGCCGGAGCUGCUCGAGAAGCGCGCGCUCGCGCGCGAGCGGCAGGCCGACGCGGAGGCGCGCCUCGCGGACGACGAGGCCGCCGCGAGCAACGCCGACGCCGAUCUGGCCGCGGCCGUCGCCGAGGCCGCGGCGCUGAAGCUGGAGGCCGACGCGGAGGCCGCGGCGAACGACGAGCUCCGCGCGCUCGACGCGCAGCGCGAGGCCGACGCGCCGCUCGUCGCGCGGCUCAAACGCGAGCUCGAGGGCCUCGAGGCGGAACUACAGAACCGGCGCGCCGCGCGGCGGUCGAGCGACGAGUUCCGGGAGCUCGUGGACGCGGAGCGGUCGCUCGCGGACGCGCUCCUCGAGAUCGAGGCCGUCGCCGUCGUCUACGGCGAGUCCGCGGCGAAGCUCCAGGUCGUGCCCAAGACGGCCAAGAACGCGGGCGGCGUCGACCUGUCGCUCGCCGUCGACGCGCGGACGGCCGCGCGCUUGAUCGCGGCCGCGGACGCGGGCGACCGCGACGACGGCAGCCCCGCGCAACUCCGGGCCGCCGUCGACGCGGCGCUGGCGACGGCGACGAAGGCGCGCGACGUCGUCGCGCCCAAGCUCGAGGAGCUGCGCGAGGUGCUCGCGGACCGCGUCCGCGACGUCGCGGAGUCGCGCGACGCCGCGCAGCUCGAGGUCGAGCGCUCGAGCCUCGAGGCCGCGCGCCUCAAGGAAAGGCUCGAGGACAAGGUCGCCGACGUGCGAAACCUGGAAGCGCGCCUCGCCGAGGAGACGGCCCGCGCGGCGGACGCGAAGGCGCGCGACGACGCGGACGAGGCCGCGCUGCUCCACAAGGUGGAGGCCGCGCGCGCGGACGCGCACCGCGACCGCGCGGACCUCGACGACCGCUCCGCGGCGCUCUCGCGCGGCCAGGCCCUGGACGAGGCCGCGGCGGCGAAGCGGGCCGCCGCGCGCGCGGACAAGCGCCGCGCGCUCGGCCGCGCGCUCGACGACGCCGCCGCGCUCGCCGCGCGCCGCGUCGCCGUCAACGCGAACCUCCGGCGCACCUGCGCCGCGGCGAACGCGCAGCUCGACGAGGCCGCGGGGCCGCCCCGCGACGACGCGUUCCUCCUCCUCCCGCCGCCGCCGCCGCCCCUCGCGUCGAGCAUCUUCUUAGCAGAUUUGAGCGGGUUCGCCGCGCUCACGCUGGUCUACGCCUGCGCGGCCACCGAGGUCGUGCUGCGGUGCAAGCGCCUCAAGGACGCGUCGCGCUGGUCCCUGCCGGCCUGGUGGUGCCUGCGCGCCGCGGCCUGGCUCGUCUCCGCGCUCGCGGCGCUGAAGCCGUUCGUGCGGGCCUUCGAGGGCAAGGUGAGCGACCAGGUCGCGCGGGGCCUCGCGGACCACGCGGAGGUGCUCGUCGUCGUCGUCGCGCCCGCGCGCGACCGGCGGACCCUCCUCGCCGCCCAGGCCGCCUGCGUCGCCGCGCGCGGCGCGCUGCGCGCCGCGCUCGAGGCGCAGCCGCUCGUCGCGUGGGGCGCGUUCUUCGUCGCGACGGCCGACGCGUUCGGCCUCGUGUCCUGGGCCGUCGACGCCGUCUUCGGCACGGCGCUGCGGCUGCCCGCGCUCGUGGCCCGGCGCGUCGUCGGCGGCGACGAGCCGCCGGCGGCGGCGCGGCGCUGCUACACCGUCGGCACGGUCGCGCUCGCGGGCCUCUGGUUCGCCAUCGGCGCGAGCCUCGACGCCAUGCUCGACACCCAGGGCUACACGAAGGAGGAGAUCCUGGCCUUCAUGCGCGCCGUCGAGAAGGCGAUGGAAAAGGAGGGCCUCUCGACCAAAGUCAAGGCGGACGUCGACGAGAACUACGGCACGCGCCUCGAGGCGACGACGCUUCACCCCGCGCUGCUGCGGGCGACGCAAAAGAUGGACUCGAAGAAGGGCCACGUGCUGGCGACGGGCACGGUCGUGACGUGCCUCGGGCGCGUCACCCUCGAGACGGGCGUCGAGCGCGUCUGCGUGCGCCAGGCCGGCGAGUACAACUACAGCAUCACGGGCUGGGUGUCGGCGAAGAUGCUGGGCCCCGAGCGGCGCGUCAAAGAGGAGCGCGAGGCGCCGGAGAAGGUCACGUUUGGGUUGAGCGGCGACAGCUUCGAUCUGUUGCGGGGCGUGACGAACGAGGGCGUCGGCUUCGUGCGGGGCAGUCUGGGCGCGGACUACGUCGACCUCGAGGAGCAGGCGGCGGUGCUGUGCUUCGUGCACACGGGCGGGCUGAACAGCGGCGUCUGGUACGGCCUCUUCCAGAGCCUCGACUACCGCUGGAAGAAGAGCAAGGUGCGCUUCGAGGUCGUCGCCGUGGAGCUCACGGGCCACGGCAACUCGCGGACGCUCGGCGGGUCGGGGUACGACGGGCCGCGCUACGACCUCGCGGAGCGCGCGCCCCGCGACGUCUUCUCCGUGCUCGACGACCCGAGUUUUCCCAUCGUCGCGCGGCCCGUCUACGGCUUCGGCCACGGCGUCGGCGCGACGGCGCUGGUGCUGUCGGAGCUCCGGCGGCCGGGCGCGUUCCACGGCUUCGGCCUCUGGGAGCCGCUGAUCUUCGCCCGGGACAACGGCCCGGCGACGGCGGCCUUCGCGUACUCGCGCUGGAAGCCGUGCUUCGAGGAGCUCGAGGAGAAGCUGGAAGAGUACGAGGACCGCGACAUCGCGCGCGUCGACCUUUUGCGGGACCUCGCGACGAACAAGGACGACGACAAGGUCUACUUCUCCAUCCCGAGCCGCGCCUGGGACGGGUCCACGGCCUUCCGCAUGAAGUGCUACGCGACGGAGAAAAGGCACGACGAGGUCGGCAUGGAGUACGAGGUGCUGACGUGUCCUCCGGACGUCGAGGAGUCGCUCUACCGGUCUUUACCGGGAGCGGCCCACGAGUGCCACGACCGCCUCGGCGAGCUCCAGUGCUGCGUCGCCGUGGCCGUCGCCGCGGACGGCGCGACGCUCUGCGACGACGCGGCGCUCGAGGGCAAGGCCGCGGCGGCGAACAGCCGGGAGCGGUUUCUCGAGAUCCCGGCGAGGUGCGGCGCGCCCUUCGUCGGCCCGCUGCUCGGCGUCGGCGCGACGCAGGGCAAGCUGGGCCUCUGCCCGAGCGGGCGGCUCCACGACAUCCCCAUGAUCGACCCGGAGUGGUGCGCGCGCUUCGUCGACGCGGUGCUGGGCAACCUCCGCUGCUGGACCUACCUGCCCCACAAGAAGCUCUUCAACUACACGGACUUUACGCACAUCCACGAGGAUCUUCCCGAGGCGCCGGCGCCGGACCCGAACUUCCCGCCCUGCGCCGUCUGCGGCACGACGUCCAAGCACGGCGGCUCGGGCACGCUGUCCUUCGUGCCCAAGAUCCUGCGCUGCUCGCGCUGCCAGGGCGUCGUCUACUGCUCCACGCAGUGCCAGCGCAACGACUGGCCCAAGCACCGGAAGGAGUGCAAGCCCAAGCCCAAGAAGGCGCCGGCCCAGCCCCGGGGGCCGUACCAGCGGUCCAUGGCGUUCGAAAUGCCGUCGUCGAACUGGCGCGACCAGCUCGACCAGACGACGGGCGCGUCCUUCUCGCGGAACGCGGCGACGAGCGCGGCCAGGUUACCGAUGAUCGGCGCCGCGUAGGGCCGGUACUCCUCCUGGGCGUCGUCGAGCAGGAGCGCGAUGCGCCGCGGCCGCGAGUUCAGCGUCCAGGUCGCCCAGAAGGUGAGCGGGCAGUCGUUGGGGCCGCCGGGCGUGCUGCUGAAGUUGGGCAUGGGCUCCUUGGCGAGCGCCAUGUCCCGGUUCAGGCGGGGCCGCGAGCGCCUCCGCGAGCGGCUUCGCGGGGACCUGGCUCUGGAAGUAGGCCAUCGGGGCAGCG